AAAAACGGGCGAGGCUGAAAGAGUUAAUCAGACAAGUGGAUGCGUGUUGAUCUUCCUCUGUUUGCCUGUCUUUCCCCAGUGCUGUGACAGCGCUUUGUUGUGCAUGUGUGGGGUGAAUUAACACCGAAAUGUAAAAGAAGAUAUUAUAAUAUUGCCAUGCAGGCGCGAUGCGGUGACACCAUGCAUAUGUUUCUCAAGGGGAGGAUGUGAUCCGCAAGAUGUGACUGAGGAGAGUCACGGAUGAAUUUUAAUAGGCAUCGCAGGGGCUCAGCAGUAAACUAAGAAGUUACACAGUGGCUCCCCCAUCUGGCCACUGGUACACCAGAGCAUCGUGGACAUCAAUCUGAGCCACAACACAGAAUGACAUGUCUCACGUGACUACAAGCAGAAGCUGAGGGUUAAGUGGGAGGCUGAAUUCACAAGACUUCCUGAGUUACAUUCUAUGGAGGUCAAAGGUCGCCUGAUCACUGCCAUGGGCUUAGGGGCUCCAGAUGUCCAGGGCUGUCAGGACAGCAAGCUGCAGGGAGAGCGAGUCUCGGAGCUGCAGGAACGAAAACGGAGUCUGCAAAGCCUUUUAAACAGUCGCCUCGGAGAACUUCGACAAGUGUGUCUUCAAGAGGCGGAGCUCACAGGAAAGCUGCCGCGUGAUUUUCCUCUAGAAGCAGGGGAAAGACCUCCCUUUGUUCAGCGCCGAACCGGCCUGGCCCCUUACGUUACCUCAAAAGGAGAGGAUGACCCGGGCCAGAGAAGGCAGAUGAAAGCUCUGUUCAGUGGCGCUCUGCGCCGGAGCAUCGAAUCUGAUAAAAACAUGUUGUACAGUAAGAGGACAGUUCACCGGGGAUGCCACACAGAAGAAACUGUCAAGUCAGAGAGCAGUUCGAUGUCAGACUCAACAUCUCACGACAAUGAAGACUCCUCUCCGAGUGUGGCACCUGAGCACCGCUCCUUGUCUCAUCCCCGGCUUGCACCAGGCAGCCCUGACAGCAGGCUCUGUAGGAAGCUGUCCCCUGUGGAAAUCUACUAUGAGAUGAGAACUCGUCGUAACUCUGCCUCGAGCUCUGUUAGCCCAAGUCACUCACUCCCAAGAAGUGCAUCCAAUGUGGAGGGCAGAAGUGUUCCAGCCACGCCUCUAUUGUCCCGCACAGCACCAAUCAGCGUUCACGUGAGGCCGGAGAUGCCUGGUGGUAUUGCUCUUAAGCAGUGGUGUGGCAGUCCAGAUGUUCCUCAGUUUGUACCGUUAGCACCUUUGGAGGGCUCCUCAUCUGAACGUCGCAGCUGCCCCUACAGCUCCCGCGCUCGCCGUAGCAACAGCUCCGAAGCGCUGCUCGACCGUUCCAGUCUCCCCGAGCCUGGACCUCCCCGCAAUGGCAUGCCACCCCGAGCUGGACCAUACAAGAGCUCCGAGUCCCUCACGGAUGGCAAACUCCGUCAGAUGUAUCAAGGCAGCCCAGAGAGGCAGAUGAUGGGAUUUAAAGAGCAGGGUAGAAUGCGCUCCUCUCUCGGCGGCCAAAGCAGUGGCACUGGAUACAAUGAAAUUUUGAUGGACUACAUUUGGGGAAAACAACAGAAGAGGCCUGUACAGCCUCAGCAGAAUCAUUCGGCGGGGCGAAUCUGGCCAGAUUUCUCCACCCCUCCAUCGGGUACCCCGCCUCACUACAAUGGGUUCUCCCACUCGCAGUUACACUUGGCUGCUGCUCCACCUUCAUAUAGUCCCAUGCUACUGCGGGGCCAAGAGGCCGAGCCACGUCGGGUCAAAGUGACACGGACAAAAUCUUGCGGACCUUUUAUCCCUUUACAGCCGCACCAACAGGACACUGUGUUGUUCUCGGCUUACGAUCUGUCGCACCCCUCUUCUGGGUCCACCACUUCUUCGAUUCCCAACCUGUUGCCCCAUCACGCAGACCUAACCACUGCUGCAGCUUUCGGACGCAGACCCCCACAAUUCUCUCUGCCCACCCCAGAGGACUCCACCCGCAGUCUGCACAAGGCACUGGCUCUGGAGGGGCUUCGGGACUGGUAUCUGAGGAACGCUUUGGGUUAUUCCACUACGGCCAAAGGUCAUGAUGGACUUGGCAUGCGGCACUCGCAUACUCAUCACCUGGUGCACCAGCCUCAGUCCAUCGCUGCCGACCCACUUUAUUCACACCGUCAAAUACCUCAGUCAGCGUCAUUUCAUGGGCAUCCCUUGCAUGCUAGGUCCGUGGAGCUCUCUCUCUACCCAGAGCCUUUCCCUUCUGAAGGAAGCACUCAGAAAGAGUCGGGUUCUGAGCCCCCUUCACCCGGAACGCUGGUCUGACUGGCAGCCAAAUUAUCCCAGCGCCUCUAAUGAGCAUUGCACCUUCUUCUAGGGAUGCACCAGUCCGGUACUGUCCUCUGUAUGUACCAUUAAAAGGCUUUGAUACCAAAAACCCGUUUAUGCAUCCUAUAUGAUUUGUAGCAUUAUUCUUAAAACGCACAAAAAAGUCAUGUGACGCACCAAACAAUGCUCAGCAAAAGCUUUAUGCAUGUGUUGUGAUACAGAAUGAAUGUCCGAAAACAAAAAGGCUGUGAAGGAAACUGUUACAUGUCGAUACAUAAUGUAUGUAUUGGCAUGUCUAAAUGUAUGUUCAGAGGCAGACCAUUCUGUCGUCAAUCAUUACACAAGCAUAUAGAAUUGUGUAUAUUAGUAGAUAUACAGUCAAAUUCAUUUGCCAAUAUUUCUCUCUAACACCCUGUUUACAUCAGACGCAAGCGACACGACAAAGCCAUUAAAGAGACAGUUCACCCAAAAAUGAAAAUUCUGUCAUCAUUUACUCACGCUUAGAUUGUUCCAAACCCAAAUACAUUUCUUUGUUCUGAUGAACUCAAAGAAAGGUAUUUGGGAAGACAGUCAGUAACCAAACAGAUCUAAUCCCCCAUUUACUGCCGUAAUAAUAUGGGAGUCAAUGGGGGAUGAGAUCUGCUUGGUUACUGACAUUCUUCUUAAUAUCUUUGUGUUCAUCAGAUAAUUUUGGGGGGUGCUGUCCCUUUAAGAACAAGGCAUUGGUCGCGUUGCAUUUGCACCACAUCCAGUAUGGACAAAAUUUUGAAAAUUUGAGGUUCUUUUGUCUCUUGUUGCAUUGCAUUGCAUUGCACCGCAUCGUGUCCGGUGUUGACAGGGUGUCAGUCUAGAUGGGCUUAAAAAAUGUUUUUUGUGUAACAAUUUUACAUGUUUGCCAAGCAUACAUAAUAAGGCCUGAUAUAAUCCUAUUUUUUGUAUAUACUUUGACAAUACAUGGUUAAACUGAAGUAAAUAAUAUUUAGAUGUCAUGAUGCCUUGAUGAUCAGCUAUAUUAUUUACAGAUAAUAGAAAACCUCAACGAGCGUUUUGUAUCAACGGGUACCAAAAUAAUUGUCAAUUGUACUCUCUCUAAUGGUAUCGGUGCAUCCCUAUCAAAAGAAGAGGCAUCUUUAAACAAUUGUGCAAUCAUUGUGUUGGUGGUGAUAAAUCUAAAAGCUGCGUUUGAUUGUAAACCUGUCUAUCAGGAGGGUGUUUUCCUCAUACUCUGUGUGCGUAUUCCUGAAAGUAAUCGUAUUGUAGAGGUACAUUUUCUGACAAAAUAUAAAUUUCAUUUUCUCUGCUUCAUCCUGAGAUAUAUAAAUAUAUUUUCAGAGAACAAAAUAGAUUAUAAGAUGUACGUAUUACUAUUUUGUAACUAAUAUGGUUCAGGUUAAUACUCAAUUAUAUAUGAUCAGAUUUUCAUGCAUUUAAAUGUACUAUAACAGCAGUGAAUGUGUUGCAUACCUGUUUGUUUAUAUCUCUAUUUAUAUCUAUAUGUAGCUAUGAAGAGUAUGAUAAAAGUAUUUCAUAUAGAGGACUUUGAAGUGAAGGUAAGAUUUUAGGAGUGUUCGCGAUGGCUGAAAUCUCGAUGCGCAAUCGAGUUUAUGCUGGUUGUGGGAAAUUAAUUUUCAACGUUAUUACAGCUUUUAAUAAAAUUAUGCCAUGUCAUUACAACCUCAGUUUACCUGAGACUGUUGCCGUACACAUAUUGUGAUCCUGAACUUUGAAAUGACUUGAAGUCAAAAAAUAUGCAUGGCAAUAUAAUAUGCAUACUUAUGAAUUCCUGCAAAGCCCAAAUAAUGCUGUAAUGAUUUGUACUCUGUUCAUUCUUUUAUUUAUUUUUUUUGGAUGGCAAGUAUUUAGCAAUUCAGAGACAUUCAGUAUCUUUUAAUGCAAAUUUUUUUAAUUUUAUCUUAGCGUUGACUGUGGCAUACAUAUAAGUAGCAUAAGCUGGCCUUGUGUUUGCUCUGUGUGUGUGAGGUGAAAUACCUUCAUUCUAAACCGUUCAGUAUGUAAUCAUACUGUUCACCAGUUAGUUCAGUAAUUAUUUUUGUUACAGUUUUUGACUCGAAUGAUUUGCUUUUCUUCUGUUUUGUUCUGAAAUACAGCAUCUUGGCUGUAUAGACGGUUUCAAAGCAACAACAUAAACAAAUAUCACUACGCACGCGUGCUUUUGUGGCCUGAACGUAACUGCCGCUACACAUCCGCAAAAAAAAGUGUUCCUGCAGAUUAUUUCUGAUAACAAGCAAAAGAAACCGAGAAGAACCGCGAUACUUGGCUAAACUCGCCUCGCCAAUAUUUGCAAUACCACGUUCAACCGUGUCCAAUAGGGUUUCUUCAAAUAUGACAAGUUUACAAGAGUAAAUAUACAAUAAAAUUAUAAUAUAAAUGAAUAUUAAUACAAUAUAAUAUAAUAAUAGAUUAUUAAUUUGAGUAAAUAACAUAAAUAGUUAUAUUAUUAGCCACUAGCCAUACCAAUAAACAAAUUUUAAAACAGACCGGAAGUUAAAUUCGGGCCAGGCCCGUACAUUCGAUGACACCGUCUAUACAUGCUAUACCACCUACACAUGACUUGCUAAACUAAAGGUUAUUAUUGUUAAUUAGAUACAGAGUUUCUGAUGAAUUCCCUUGAGAGGUACCUGUAUGAAUGUUUUGUUGUUACCUGAAUCACAGCUUCAUGAGAUUGUAGAUUGUAGGCUGUUUUUUGCCUCUUCUGCCUGUUGUGACAAACAUCGUUUAGGUUUCUUUAAUACUUGGUUAAUUAAAAUUGGUUAAGAAAUGGUUAUUAGUACUAAUUGGUGUGUAGUUUCUACUCUUCAACUUGCAGGUUUGUGAGGUGCCUCCAGCUGGUAUCUGAACUCAUGACCAAACAGCUGUGUAUUGCUAGUCUCUGUUAGUGUAUUUUGGUGACAUAAAUGUCUGUACUGUAAUUGUAAAUAUAAAAAAAUAUAUGUAGCAACUUCAAUAAAACGAUAUAUAUUGUAUAUUUAUGAACUGAUCAGAUUUUUGUAUACAUAUUUUUUCCAUAAUACAUGCUCUGGUUUACAGUAAUGAAUUCUUUUUGACAUCUUGAUGAACAGCAUUCUGUUUUUGCUUUACUUUGUAAA